GUUCGAUGCGAUGACAGUCAAUUUUCUGCCAAAUUUUGAAAAUGGCCCUUGAACAAAUUUCAUUUUAUAAUUCCGAAAUGGACGAAAUAAUUGAAGUAGAAGUAUCGGCGGCAGAUGUCAAACGUGCAAGAAACUAUGUGACUUUUGCGACUUUAUUAAUGAAUGCGGCUUUGCAAGACCAAUCAGCUUCGCAUGAAGAUUCUUCUAUAGUUGAGAGUGAAACUGUUGACGAAACUGAGGAUGAAAUAGUUGAAACCGAUGUUGGUCCUGGUGAAACUAGUGAAGCUGAGCGUAUGUUCAAAUUUCGAAGUUUUAAAACUUCAUUGUACAGGUGGUCUACUCCUUGUAUCAUGGAAGAAAUAUUUUCCAAAAAGGCUUGGUGCAAUCUUGUUGCUGUGGCAUCAUCCACUGGGCUCUGUGUACAGCAGCCGAAAGAUACCGCGGAUUCUGACAGUGCAUGUUCAGUUAAAUCAUCAAAGACUACAAAUGGUGCUAAAUCUUUACUGGCUAAAAGACUGAAACAAAAAGAAAUACACGAAGAAAAUAGAAACAAAAGACAUAGAGAUUAA